UUGAUUGAUAUAAAUCUUUUAGUUCACUAGGAGGAUAAGGAGAAGGAGGAGGGAUGAGCAGCAGCGGCGGCACAACAGAUGGAGGGGUUUCAGUGCCGAUGGGCCUACUACCCGGAUUUAGGUUCUCUCCCACCGAAGAGGAACUGCUUUCCUUCUACUUGAAGAAGAAGAUAGCGGGCGAGGACUCUGAAUUCAGCGACCUCAUCCCUGAAAUCAACGUGUGCGAGCGCGAGCCUCGUGAUCCGCCUGAGUACUUCUUCAGCAAACCUAAUUACAUGAACACCAACAGUAAUCGCUGCAGUAGGACAACAGAUGAGGGUUUUUAUAAAAGCACAGGCCAGGUUCGUGAGGUCAAGGCUGAACUAUCCCAAGCUGUGAUUGGUAAUAAGAGGAUUUUGCCUUUCUUGGAAGGUCGUGCGCCCGAUGGCAAGAUAACCAAGUAUGUCAUGCAUGAGUUCUCUCCCCAAAACUAAACAGGCCCAGCUGGGUCCUAAUCCCAAUCAGCAGAGGGAGUUUGUUCUAAACCACCUAACAACUAAGUCAGUGAAUUAUAAGAAGCGGAGGUAUGAUUCAAUCUGUGAUAAAUUAGCUGAACCUGGUAUCGCCUCCAAUUAUAAAGAUGAUCAAGCUGCUGCUGCUGCUAAUAUGAUUCUAGAGCCCCAAGAGCAUCUCGCAGACAAAGAUGUUCUGCUUGGCAGUGAGAAACAUAAUGAAGGCGCAGAGUCAGAGUCUGCAAAUGGUUCUUGUCUUAUAGACAAUAAUGAUAUUUCAACCCUUGAUGUUGGUUUACCUGGUGGCUGCUUCUCGUCUGGUUCUGAUAAUCUAGCUGUCAAUGAUUCGUUUCAUGAGGUUUCCUUUCAGCCAGAACGAAAUCUGACAUCACCCUUUCAUCCAUCUAGCCUACGGGAUAUUCCUCUGAGAUCACCAGUGCACACAGGACUACUGGGAGAUGUUGUGUAUGCCUAUAACUCUAUCCCUAUUGCAUGCAAUGAUGAGUCGCAUUCUUCAGAUAAUCUGGAGUUUACGAUUCAUUUUCCCCCAAAGUUCUUGAAUAAUUUCAUUGGUGACCAAAGAUUAUUAUCCUGUAUAGAAACAACAUGCACUAUACCUUCAGUUUCUCUAUUCUACUAGAGUCAUUGGGAGGAGUGUAUGAUAGCUAUAGUGGAGUAAGAAGUGAGAAGAACACUGAAUUACUCCAUGGAUGGGUAGUAGGUUUUUUCUGCAUUAGUAAUGCAACAUAGAUAGUGAACCGCAACAUUUAAGUAAUAGGAGAACAUCGAUAGGGGCCUUGUAAACCACAAGAGGUCUUGGAAGGGUAGAACAUCACCCUUAUCUACUGGAGGAUUUGGAAACUUGUUGAUAGUUGUAGAUAUUUAUGUUGGACAGGACAAACGACUCAGGUUAAGUAUGUUCUUUUUCUUUCGGCCAUUGCUCAGCAUUCCUAAGUACUGGAAACUUCGAACUUUUUAAGUGAACAUGAGAACCACCGGCAAGUGCUAAUGUUUGAGAUGCCAUCUGGAACUCUACUCUUCUCUGACGAGUCUGAAUUUAAAAAAAAAAAAGUCUUUUCUUAGAAGUAGUAGUGUGGAGACCGCGUCUCUCCCAAUUGUAUUCAAAUAGUAUACUCUCUUAAUCAUAGGACACACAUACCUCAAUAUCAACCAGCAUCCAUUCAUGCCUUCACACGCCGGAGGCGCUCCGAGAAGAAUCCGACUGCAAACCUGUAUCACAGGACAGGGUGAGUGAAUUUGACCUGAAACAUGAAGAGAAGCCUUUAUGACUAUCUCACAGUAAAUAAAAGCUCUUGUAUUUCAGUUUUGAGGAGGCUAUUUGCUAUUUUUCACUAAUGUGAUUUCUGUAACUCUGUUUGCAGGUUAGGGAUGCUGCAGAGUAUUGUUUUGCUCUUCAUCUGCAAACCAAGUCCUGGAAGCAUACGGUUUGAAACAGGCAACAAUAGGGUUCUUUCAUGUUCUUGGAAGCAUCUCCUUGAAACCAUUAAUCAAGUCCCCGAUAUUUUGGUAACAAGUUCUAGCUCUAGCCUUAAUACUCAGGCUUCUGUUCUAGCUCUAGCCUUGAUACUCAGGCUUUCAUUCUAGCUCUAGCCUUAAUACUUGAGCUUCCAUGCUAUGCUACCCCAAGCCCUAAUACUCAGGCAUUUGUUCUAGCUCUAGCCUUAUUUCUCAGGCUUUUGUUCCCAAGUUUCUAGCUCCACCCUUGUACUCGGGCUUUCGUUCCGCAGUCUAUUAUUCUUGAAGUGGCAUCAUACAUGAUCUGCUGCUACAUGGCUGCUGGAGUCUCAAUAUACAAUACAACAACCAGACGCUAAUCUGACGUCGUGGUUAAUCGUAUGGAAGUUUUGAGGUUACAUCCUUAAUGGAGUAGUAGUUACAAUCAGUGUAAAACUGUAUGAUUAUGAUAGGCUUAAAACCUAUCUAUCACCUUCAGGUUGGAACACCCAAACCCUACAAUCAGAAAUUGAAUUCUUGUAAAGUUUGUUUUUGUAAUUGGCCUGUAUCAACUGCUGCGGUCCUGUGCAGCAUUCCUUCUCCUUUUUUGCACUGUAUUAUCAGUGUUAAUAUUGUGUAUUUAGAACCUUUCUGUGUUGAAUGAAUUUUGUGGAUUA